ACUGCAACAGCAACAACAGCAACAGCAACAAGAACAAUUGCAAUUGCGAUUGCAACUUAAUUGGCGCGCGUGUCAAAGAGCAUCUGCUACUCAGAAGUGAAUCCACAGAAACAAAGAACAAAAAACUGAACAUAUCUCUUGUCCAAGGAACGCUAUCUGAUAGCAGGAGUAAAAACGAUGGCAAACGAACCGCAGAUGCAACCUCAAAUGCUGGUCGUGGCGUUGCUAGCAAUGAGCGCAGCGCUAUCGCUGAGCGGUGCCGAGAGCUCAUCGAGUUGCGGACCCAACUUUCCCGUUGCUUGCUCCUGCGGCAAGGAGAUGUACGAGGGCACUGACCAGUUCAUUGUGAACUGCACGAAUGCGGGACUGCGCAAUACCAGCGUGCUGGAGUUUAUGCCCGAGCAGGUGGAGAUACUCAUCUUUACGGGCAACUUUAUUACCGAGCUGCCGUGGAACGUCUUUGGUAGCAUCAAUGACUACAAGCAGCUGAAGAUCGUCGACAUGAGCAGCAAUCACAUACGCGAGAUACGCGGCAAGAGCUAUCAUCAUGUGCCACGCGUGGAGCGUCUCAUCCUCAACCACAACAAUUUGAGUAUUUCCCGCUACGAUGACGAGGUGAAUCAUCAUCAUCCGCGCGUCUUCUCAAACUUUGGCAAUUUGCAGAGUCUCCAUCUAACCGAUGCCUUUGAGGAUCACAGCUCACCACAGCUCAGUGAGGAUCUGCAUGAUAUCUUUGUGAACAGUCAGCUGGUGAAGCUGCAGAAACUGCAUCUGGAGCAGAAUGAGAUUACCCACUUUAAGGAUCGCAAUGUAUUUUGUGACUUGCCAGCGCUGCGCGAUCUGCACUUGGGCGAUAAUCUGCUGAAGGACAUCAACUUUGAGGUGCGCUGCUUGAAUAAUCUGCGCUUUCUCGAUCUGGAGCGCAACAAGUUCGAGUUUGUUAAGCCCAGCGAUAUGCAUGUCUUGAACGAGCUUCAGGACCGCGAGAAUCGCACCGUUAAGCUAAUUGUCGACUUCAAUCUGAAUCCGUUUGUGUGCGAUUGCAAAAUAUCACCGUUCCGCACGUGGUUGCAGGCGACACGGGUGCAGGUACGCAAUCAGGAUAGCAUCAUGUGCUUCCUCGACCCACAGCACGUUGAUCCGGCGCAGGCGCACCUUCUAAAGCUGGACAUGGGCGAGUGUGCGGCCGAGAUGGCAGCAGCUGCCUCAUUCCUCAACAUCGCCGAGGAUGAGCAGCUCUACGGUCAGCUGCAGCCGCACCUCAGUGGACACACGGCCACCCUAAUCUUUCUGCUAAUUGUGCUCAGCAUGAUCCUGCUGGGUUUGCUGAUUGCCCUAGUCUAUGUCAGUCGCGAUAAAUUGAAGUAUAUGAUGACACCGGUGUUCGACAACGUGGCCAAGAAAGUGCAGUAUACUUCGAUUAAGGAUGAGGAUUGCCCGGAGGUGCAUGUCUAAGCAUGCACAGCGGCAAUCCAACCAACCCCACGUCCAUAUCAGAAACAGUAGCAACAGAACUAAGUACAGUUUCGUGUUUUUUUUCAUUGCCAUUCGCGCAAAUUUGUGCCAUUCACAGGGAACGACGUCGGCGACGAGUGCAUAUCACUUAAAGGAGAAACUUUUUCCGUUAACUCUACUUAAAACACACACACACACACUCACAAACUUAUUGUUUGAUAGUAUAUAAGUGAAUUGUUGCAUUUAAGGAAAUAUAACAACAACAAGUGUGGCAAAGUUGAUUACAUGCAAAUACAGCAAUAAUGCUAGCGAUUUUCUAAGUAGCACUUAAGCCGUCUUGUUAUGCGUUCUAUGAUUUCAAAUGGGCAAACAGCCAAUAAUUUCGUCACUAUAUAAACAAUACUUACUUACAUACAUAUAUUGUAACAAACACGUUAGUGUUAUCUGUGAUUUAAGUUUAGUAGCUUUACUUUGUUAAAACUCAAGCAAACGAAUAUUGAUGCAAAUACAAACAUAUAUUAAAACAAAAAAACUUCAACCUGUAUAACAUAUGACGUACUUACAUGCAUACAUAUAACUUACACCUAUGUUAAAAAUACUUAUAAAUGUUAUUAAUCAUUUGUCAAUUAUCAAUUGUACUUUUAAAAUGAUUUUCACUUUAAUUUUCUGUAAUUAACCCGCAGUUUUUAUAAAUAAACU